UGGUCCAGAGUGUGUCUUCAGGCCACAGGGUGAGUGAGUGUGAGUUUGACAUGCAAACAGCAGGCCGAGAUUUUAAUGAUCAAAGUUGUCUCAACUUCUCAGUAGACAUGGUAGACACCCAGCAGCUCCUAGCCUGGCCUGUAGGAUUCAGUCUGAGCGCCGUGGACCUGUCAGAGCUGGACGACAGCUCCCACUUUCUCGACAUGAAGCAUUUGUCCACAUUAGACUACGCCUCCAUCUCUUCCUCCUCGAUCCCGUCCUCCCUGUCUCCCCCGCUCGUAUCCUCCAUCUCCUCUGCCGGGGUGGCCUAUGACCCCAGUCCGCCGCAGAAUGACGAACAACUCACCAACAUGGACUUCACAAACAUGCACAGCUACAGGAUGGAACCAGACACACACAAUUUGAUCAAGCUGGAGCCGGAGUCGCCUCCAGAGUACUCUGACAGUCCCGUGUUCUCCAAGCUCCAGGAUGAUACGUCGCCGGCUGCACUAAAUAUUGAGUGUCGUGUGUGUGGAGACAAAGCUUCGGGGUUUCACUAUGGUGUCCAUGCCUGUGAGGGCUGUAAGGGUUUCUUCAGACGUACAAUCAGGUUGAAGUUGGUGUACGAUCACUGUGAUCUUCACUGUCGCAUUCACAAGAAGUCCCGCAACAAAUGCCAAUACUGUCGCUUCCAGAAAUGCCUCAAUGUCGGCAUGUCACACAACGCCAUUCGUUUUGGCCGAAUGCCCCAGGCGGAGAAGGAGAAACUGCUAGCUGAGUUCUCGUCUGACAUGGUGCACAUGCACCCGGAGGCAGCAGAUCUAAGGGCUCUGGCCCGGCAUCUGUACGAGGCCUAUCUGAAAUACUUCCCCCUCACCAAGGCCAAGGCCAGGGCCAUCCUUGCUGGGAAGACCGGAGACAACGUGCCUUUUGUCAUCCAUGACAUGAAGUCUCUAAUGGAAGGAGAGCAGUUUAUUAAUUGUAGGCAGAUACCCAUCCAGGAGCACCAGCAGCAGACAUCCGUCCUAACAGCCGGACUUGGAGGUUUCACAGGAGCUAACCCGAGGUCCGAGUUUGGCUUUCUGGGAAUCAGCGGACAGGCACAAUCAGACGCUUUGGAACUGCGUUUCUUCCAAAGCUGUCAAUCACGUUCGGCCGAAGCAGUGAGAGAAGUGACAGAGUUCGCCAAGAGUAUCCCGGGAUUCAUCCAUCUGGAUCUCAAUGAUCAGGUAACUUUGCUGAAGUAUGGUGUGAUUGAGGUCUUAAUCAUCAUGAUGGCGCCUCUGAUGAACAAAGACGGGACCCUGAUCUCCUACGGACAGAUCUUUAUGACGCGGGAGUUCCUCAAGAGUCUCAGGAAACCUUUCUGUCAAAUGAUGGAACCAAAGUUUGAGUUCUCAGUCAAGUUCAACAUGCUGGAGCUGGACGACAGCGACAUGGCGCUGUUUCUGGCUGUCAUUAUCCUCAGCGGGGACCGCCCAGGCCUGCUGAAUGUAAAGCCCAUCGAGCAGCUUCAGGAAACGGUUCUCCAUUCGCUCGAGCUGCAGCUGAAGCUAAACCACCCAGUCUCUCUGCAACUGUUCGCCAAACUGCUCCAGAAAAUGACGGACCUGCGUCAGAUCGUCACCGACCACGUCCACCUUAUCCAGCUGCUGAAGAAGACAGAGGUGGACAUUUGCUUACACCCACUGCUGCAGGAGAUCAUGAAGGACUUGUAUUAGAAUUGAACAGGAAGAAAAAGACAAGUAGAGAAAGUGAAGUAAAAGAGCGAAUAAAGAGAUUUUAUUUUUAAAAUCAUGACUUGUUAUACAGAUGAAGCACUUUGUGCUGCUGGUGUGUUGAAAUAAAGGGAGGUAGCCAGACAGGCUGAGUGAAAUUGAGAAAGAGAUGAGGAAGAACAGGAAAAGGGAAAUCAAGGAAAGAAAGACACAAUCUGUGUGUUAGAGCUUGUCUAGACAGCAGCAAUGUCAUUUAGCCACUGCUGAGCCUGGACAUUUUGUGAACGAGUGGGCUGCCAACUUAAAUACGAAACUACCACCUAUUGCACCAAUCAGAACGAGAGUCUGUAACUAACUGUGAAUUACUGUGAAUAUUUUUACACUAUGUGUCACACAGUAGAGUAUGUGUUGUUGUGCAGCUCAUCUAAAUGUUGCGUUACAGCCGUCAUAGGCAGCAGCAAUGUCUGUGUGCUUCAAUACCUCUGUGAACACACACAAAUAAAUGAAUGCUGGCACACACACACAAAACAAUACACAGUCAUUAUCGGUUUUGGCGUCAGGGGGGGAAGUGCUAACUGUUUUUAAUCAUCUUUAUCUAAAGACAGAAAUGAGAUUAUUGCCUGUAACAUAUUUUGGUCUCGGCCACCUGCAGAACCUGUGAGAACGUGUGAAGCCAACAAAAGGCACAUUACCAUGUGGAUGUUUGUUAUAAUAAGAACAAAAACUGUAUAUGCCAUAUUGUGCCUUUAAGAUUUGCUGUUUGACUUCUGUUUUUGUGGAAUAAAUGCCAUUUAAAAAAGAUAUAUUACACAUUUAUAAUGUAUAAUAUACAGCCAUAUGUAUUAUUUUUGUAUGGAUGAAAUUGUCUGUCAAACACGCUUUUCAGCAUUAUUUGAUUUUAAAUUCCUCAAAAGUGGUUGAGUUAUAAUUUUUGCUAUGAAAUUAUAUUUUUAUCUAUAUGCAAAGUGUCUACUGGACAGCUGG